UACUUGCUUUGAACUCUUCACGGCGCAUGCGCCUACCCAGUCUCUUCGGGCCUACCGCUGAUGCCCAGAGAGAGGUCAGAGGUCACGGCAGUGGCAGGAGCAGCGACAGCGGCAGGGCCAGUAGGAGAAAGAGGCGGUGGCCUCUGCUUGGAUCCAUGAUGGCGGCGGCUGAAGUAGAAGCGGCCUCCUGAGCUUUCGCAAAGAAGUUCCGACCAUGCACAGUUUGGCGACGGCCGCGCCUGUGCCAACGGCACUGGCUCAGGUUGAUCGGGAGAAGAUUUAUCAGUGGAUCAAUGAACUUUCCAGCCCUGAGACUCGUGAGAAUGCACUGCUGGAGUUGAGUAAAAAGCGGGAGUCUGUCCCUGAUCUUGCCCCAAUGCUUUGGCACUCCUUUGGCACAAUCGCAGCUCUCUUGCAGGAGAUUGUAAAUAUCUACCCAUCUAUAAAUCCGCCAACUUUGACAGCUCAUCAGUCCAACAGAGUCUGCAAUGCUCUGGCACUUCUGCAGUGUGUUGCAUCACAUCCGGAAACCAGGUCAGCCUUCCUUGCUGCUCACAUCCCUCUCUUCUUAUAUCCAUUCUUGCACACUGUCAGCAAGACUCGUCCCUUUGAAUACUUGCGACUCACAAGUCUUGGAGUAAUUGGGGCCCUAGUGAAGACAGAUGAGCAAGAAGUAAUCAACUUCUUACUGACAACGGAAAUUAUCCCUUUGUGCUUACGCAUCAUGGAGUCUGGCAGUGAACUUUCCAAAACGGUUGCUACUUUUAUUCUACAGAAGAUCUUAUUGGAUGAUACGGGACUGGCUUACAUCUGCCAGACUUACGAACGAUUUUCUCAUGUUGCAAUGAUAUUGGGUAAAAUGGUCCUGCAACUUUCCAAGGAGCCUUCUGCCAGGCUACUGAAACAUGUGGUCCGUUGUUACCUUCGCCUUUCUGAUAAUCCAAGGGCACGGGAAGCCCUCAGGCAGUGCCUUCCUGACCAGCUGAAAGACACCACCUUUGCCCAGGUUCUGAAAGACGACACAACCACCAAGCGUUGGCUGGCGCAGCUGGUCAAGAACCUGCAAGAAGGCCAAGUCACCGACCCCAGGGGCAUCCCCCUUCCUCCGCAGUGACAGCCAAGGAGGUGGCAGAACCCAGGAGGAAACAGCUCAGGUUUACAGAGAGCCAGGAACCAAUGACCUCUUCCAGAUCCUGUCAGGCAUGUGUGGGCAGCUCCUUGGACUGUCAAUAGCCACCUAGACUGCAGGCCCUUUCUAUAGCAACUUCUCACCAUGCCUCUGAGGAUUAUGACACCAGCAAACACAGUUGGGACAGAGAAGCCCUCUUUUAGGGUGUGGGCUUUGUCGUGAUGUUCACUUGAGCACCAAGCUGAGCAGUGGUGCUGCUGACAGCAUCUCUCCCUAUCUGGUUCAGUGUGGCAGGCUUGGGAAGUGUUCCUCAGUUUCUUGUUGUUCAGUGUUUACAUGUAAGUUCAAUAAAGGUUGGUCUGGUCAUUUGACCCUCUUAGGAGUACCUUUUGAGCUACAUCUGGCUCUAAGCAGAGGAAGCCUGCUUCCCUCUUCCUGACUGGGAAUUGCGCUUUCCUAAGAGGAACGCCCUGCCUGAUCCAUUCUUUUUGAUAAGCUGAGCCAUUGUGGCUGGGGCCCUUGGAGUUUUAACUCUGAGGGGGAUUAAGUGGGGGCAGUAAGAUAGUAUAUCCUCGCCUUCAUAAGGGAUUGUUCCUGAUAUGUCACAAGGCAGUGAUUUCCUGGACUGUAUUCCUUUGGCCAUGCAGUAGAACAGUCCCUGCCUCUGUGACUGUAUUUGAACCAGUGUCAAAUGUUCUGUGGAUCCACCUCCACUAACUUCCUAGUCAGUAAGAUCCAGAAUGCCACUGAGACAUUCCUUUAAUAUUCAACCUGUGCCAGGGGAGAAAAGCUUGUUGUAUGGGUGCCAUGGCUUAGAACCAGCAAGCCUUCCACUUCGUUGCAGCCAAUGCCUCUGGUUAGUAUAGGGUUAAUCCUAGGGGUGAGCAAAACAGAUAGGGACCAAGAGCUAUUUCAGGCAGCCGAGAAAGGCUGCAGGUAUUUCAGCCUUGCUGGCUGGUGCUGGAAAGCAUAAUGGCUGCAAAACGCAAGGGCUCUCAUGCUCUUUUAUUAUUAUUAUCAUCUUCUUCUUCUUCCCCUGCUACCAGGCUAAGUGCAUCCAGUCCAUCCGUUUGAACCUGCCCACGUUUGUUGGCGUCUGCCACAGCUGAGGAGCCAUUAAGCAGUCUGCAAAGGCAGCCUAUCCCCUGCCCUGUAAAUGAAAGAAGCAAACAAAAAGAAGGGGGAGGGAGUUUGGGGUGGGGAAUCAUCCAGGCUGUUUGUCAGUGGCACAACAAGACUGGGAGCAGGUGGCUUCUGGUCCUUUGCCAGAUCCCUUAGCCUCGGCACCUGCUGCUGCUUUGGGCAGAAACCUAUUUUCCCUUUCCCCCUUUUUUCUUUGCUGAUGGCUGGCCAGGCCACUCCAAGAGUGUCUUAACUCUUCUCUCUCUUCAUGGACUGCUUUUGCUCUUAUAGCGGCUCCCAGUUUUAUAACAGCCUUGUUUUUCCAUCCCUGCCUUGAGUGGACUUUACCAACUGCUUCUGUUUUGUAACUUGAAUAAAAAAUAAGCCAAAUGAA